AUGGACUCUAUGCUCUUUUUUCUGGAGCGUUUACCUCGGACUAUAGGAGCUAGCUUAGCAUGCUAGCUGGAAACACGUUAGCAACACUAGUCAGAUUGAGAGUUUGAUGGAGAGAGAAACGGUGUUUAACGGAGUUUACAGGAAAAGGUGAUCUAGGAAACAUGAGUAAAGUCCAAAUGCUGCUGUCGUGGAAGAAGCAGGGACUCACUGUUGAAGAGUUAUUUGCUCUGUUUGAAAAAACGAUAGCAGAGUACGAGGAGGAGCUGUCUCUUUCCAAAGAGGAGAACAAGAGACUCCAGAAACUACUGGACGAUGUUUUACAGCUUCGGAUACACAGAGCAGAUGUCCAGCUGCUGGUGGUGGUUAAAGAAGAGCUUCUCCCUGACCAGCAGGAGUGGAGCACCAGUCUGGACCAGGAGGACCCAGAGCCCCCCCCACCCAUUAAGCAGGAACAGGAGGAACUCAGGAUCAGUCAGGAGGCAGAGCAGCUUCAGGAGCUGGAGGAGGCUGAUAUCACCAAGUCCACUUUCACUCCUGACCCUAUGAAGAGUGAAGAUGAUAAAGAGAAACCUCAGUCCUCACAGCCUUAUCGAAGACAAACGGAACACAUGGAAACAGAAGCUGAUGGAGAUGAAUGUCGAGGACCAGAACCAGCCAGGAACUCGGAUCCAGAGAGCAGUUUACAACCAAAGACUGAGGAUGACACUGAAGACUCUUCUGAACCUGACACUGGAGACUCUUCUGAACCUGACACUGAAGAGUCUUCUGAACCUGACACUGAAGACAGUGCUGAUUGGAAAGAGACCAGAGAACCUACAUCAGUCUCAAACUCACUGAAAAAUAGACAUGAAUCUGUCAGUGAUCCACGACGUAGUGCUGAAAAUAAACCAUUCAGCUGCUCAGUCUGUAAAAAAGCUUUUUCACAGAAUGGACAUUUAAAGGUACACAUGAGAAGCCACACAGGAGAGAAACCACACAGCUGCUCAGUCUGUAAGAAAGCUUUUUCACAUAGUGGAAAUUUAAAGGCACACAUGAGAAUCCACACAGGAGAGAAACCCUUUAGUUGCUCAGUUUGUGCCAAAUCUUUUGUGCAUAGUGGAAGUUUAAAGGAACACAUGAUAGUCCACACAGGAGAGAAACCAUUCAGCUGCUCAGUCUGUAAGAAAUAUUUUGCAAUGAAAAGAGAUGUAAAACGACACAUGAGAGUCCACACAGGAGAGAAACUUUUCAGCUGCUCAGUCUGUAAGAAAUAUUUUGCAAUGAAAAGAGGUGUAAAACGACACAUGAGAGUCCACACAGGAGAGAAACCACACAGCUGCUCAGUCUGUAAAAAAACUUUUUCACGGAGUGAUGCUUUAAAGACACAUAUGAGAGUCCACACAGGAGAGGGGAAAUAAAGCUGCAAAGUUUGUGAAAAAAGAUUUAAAUGGCAUAAUCGUUUCAAAAGACAUAAGUGUGUUGGUCGUCAGCUGCUUCUGUAACUGUAAAGGAAUACAUUUUUCUAUUUUGUCUCCUGAUGACCUAAUGCCGUUACAUGUAAUACGUUACUCCCUAAGCCUGAUUUCACCCACCUGCAACUGUAAUACAUAUGACUUUUCCAUACCUGUGUUUGCAUCACUGCUUUCCAGCAGAUGGCAUACAUGUUACAUCAUCCAGUUCAACUUUCAUCCAUGUAUUAAUGAUUCAAAACAGCAAUGUGUAAGAUAUGGCUAGUAAUUGACUAUUUCAACAGAAUGUGAAGAGGUUACAGUCUUGAGGCCAUGUCCAAUAUGUUUAUGUUUUGUUUGAUUAAAUCUACUGAAAUGAGCAUU